UCGGUACGCGUCCCCGGUGCCUCCUCGGUGGUCCUGGUAAUCCUCGCGGUCGCCGCUUCCCUCGGCUCGGCCAAGGAUACCGCCUUUGUGGAGGUGGUGCUGUUCGAGUCCAGUCCCAAUGGAGAUUAUACCACGUACACCACCGGCUUGCAGGGACGGUUCUCCAAGGCUGGAGCCACUAUCAGCGCGGAGGGGGAGAUCGUUCAAAUGCAUCCUUUGGGACUAUGUAAUAACAAUGAUGAGGAGGACCUUUAUGAGUACGGCUGGGUCGGAGUGGUGAAGCUGGAGCAACCAGAGCUGGACCCCAGCUGUCUCACCGUGCUGGGAAAGGCAAAGAGAGCAGUGCAGCGCGGAGCCACGGCCGUCAUCUUUGAUGUGUCGGAGAAUCCGGAUGCCAUCGACCAGCUCAACCAGGUCGGCGAGGAUCCUCUGAAGCGGCCGGUGGUUUACGUGAAGGGCAACGACGCCGUCAAGUUGAUGAACAUCGUCAACAAGCAGAAAGUGGCUCGCGCUCGGAUACAACACAGACCACCGAGGCAGCCCACGGAAUAUUUUGACAUGGGCAUCUUCCUGGCUUUCUUCGUGGUCGUGUCGCUGGUUUGCCUCAUUCUGCUCAUCAAGAUCAAACUCAAGCAAAGGAGAAGCCAGAGCUCCAUGAACAGAAUGGCCAUCCAGGCCUUGGAGAAGAUGGAGACGAGGAAGUUCAAGGCCAAAGGAAAGGGCCAGCGCGAGAGCAGCUGUGGAGCCUCUGAUUCACUGAGCAGCAGCUCCACCUCUGACUGCGCCAUCUGUCUGGAAAAGUACAUCGACGGGGAGGAGCUGAGAGUUAUCCCCUGCGCUCACAGAUUUCAUAAGAAAUGUGUCGACCCGUGGCUGCUCCAGCAUCACACCUGUCCCCACUGCAGACACAACAUCAUCGAGCAAAAGAAAGGAAAUCCAGGACCAGCAUGCAUGGACCCAGGCAACCCAGUCCACGGCCGGCAGCGGGUGGUGCUGCCGGUCCAUUACCCCGGCAGGGUGCACCGUGCGGGCCAGGUGACCGCCUAUCCAACGAGAACCAGCAUGGAUCCCCACGGCAACCCCAUCACCAUGCUCACUGUGGACCAGCACACGGACCCGCAAGGUCUGUACCCGCCCCAAUCCACGUCUGCCUUUCUCCGGAGCUACCACCCCGCCCUCCACCUGGACCACUCGCUCAACCCCCACCACUGCGGACUGGAGCACCGCGGCCCCCCCGCCUACCCUUCACAGCCGCACCACGCUGCUUUUAAGCGACCCAAGUUCCACGGGCGCAACUUUUCCCGCGCAGCCUGCUUCUCGCAGUACGAGACAAUGUACCAGCACUACUAUUUUCAGGGGUUGACUUUCCCUCAGCAGCGAGGGGGCCAGGGGCCCGCUAUGGCGGGGCAGCUUGGUGGAGGAGGAGGAGGGCCCCACAAGGGCCACCACAGCAGGGCCUUUCAGCAGGGGCUGUUAUACCCUACAGUGGUUCACAUGGCACCCGCCUCUUCCUCGAGGAUCGGUGAUGCCGGCAGCACUUCUGGCCUGAGCUGUUACCAUGGCCACCGCUCGGUGUGCAGCGGUUACCUCGCCGACUGCCCCGGCAGCGACAGCAGCAGCAGCAGCUCGGGCCAGUGCCACUGCUCCUCCAGCGACUCCAUGUUGGACUGUACUGAGGUCAGCAACCAGGGGGUGUACGGUAGUUGCUCCACCUUCCGCAGCUCGCUGAGCAGUGACUACGAUCCUUACGUCUACCGGAGUAAGAGUCCGUGUCGGGGCUCCAUCGGGGAGGCGGGGGCCUCGGCCUGCACCGGGGCCUCGGUUCCUGCCGAGGAGUCGUCAUCCCCGGUUCCCUUGGGACACGACUGCCUCCAGCUCCCUCCUGGAGCUUCGGGGUAUAACUCGGGGGACCACCUCUCCAACUGCAGUUUGGAGCCCAACUACAGCAGUCGCUCAUCACUGGAACCCAGGGAGAACAGCAACACUAGCACUACCUCAGCCGCGGCUCCGGAGGCUGCCGGAGCGGACAGGGGGGAAGGGGGCGCUGGAGGAGUCGGGGAGCUCGGGGCCGCGGCCUGCAGCUGCUGCUUCGAGGUGCUUCCUCCCAACGUGGAGUGCAAGGGGCAGGACUCGGACCAAGCGGGGCCUCUGGCCACGGGACGCUUUCACAGGGGGGUGGACUUUCAGAGCUCAACCUCCAAGAACUACUUUGCCCCCGAGCACAUGUGUCCUCCCUCAGAGCAGGUGAGCUACGAAGGGCUGCCCUGCUGCUUCUACAAAGAGAUGAAGGUGCACAGGGCCGCCGCGGGGCGCUACACCGAGGACUACGCCGUCAAUGUGCAGUACGCUCACGCAGACUCGGAGGCCUGCUCUGGACAGGGCUGCUGCGAACUCAACCAGAGGAUACCCAUAAUUCCCGAGGACACAGAUUGUGAAUUGGGCACAGGGGAAGAGACCCAGAGCAGUUUGUUGCCCGUUAGUGUCGCGUUGGACGCCGACGCGCGAACAGGGGAGCGACACGAGCUAAGGGAGGGCUACUUCACCUCAGGACAGUUACGAGGUCAACCACACCCUCAGGAGGAGGAGGCCAGGGCUUUGUUUCACCCGCAGCUCUCUGCAGGCCACACUGCAUUGGGAAGCAGUACUUCAACAAACGAGGGAGGUCUGGGUAUAUGAACUUGAGCCCGGGGAGAAGGGACUCAGUCAAAAAGUAUGUAUUUGGUACCGAAUCAGUCAGUCAAUCAUUGAAACCCUCAGCUGCCUUGUUCUGACCUUGCUCUCCGAGCGCUGAAUGUUAUCAUCGUCGAUUGUGUGGAUUUCUACUGAAAUGGCCUGUCGUUUUCUAGACAGUGUAUCAAGUUCAUUCCUGUGGCCACCAAAUGUCUCGGCGCCAAACUGUGUUACCAUGGCGCCCGAGACUGAGUGAUACUGCAAAUAUGGAUGGAGAGGUUGUUAGCUGAAACUAGAAGUAGGUUGGGAUGGGCAUCUAUUCACAGACCGUCUGCUGCCACCAAGGGUUAGGCCCCUUCAGCGCUAAGCAAUCCG